AUGGCGGACCCAAAGAUCCAGGAGCUUCUCACGAAGCCGCGCAACGAACUCACAGAAUACGAGAUCGCCCAGCUUGAGGAGCAUGAGUUCAGCGCCGGCCCACUCUCCAUUCUCCAGACCGCCGUGAGGAGCCACACCCAAGUCCUCAUCUCGAUCCGUAACAAUCGCAAGCUGCUCGCGCGCGUUAAGGCUUUUGACCGGCACUGCAAUAUGGUGCUUGAGAACGUGAAGGAGAUGUGGACGGAGACACCUAGGUUGGCAAGCGGGAAGAAGGGAAGGCCCGUAAACAAGGAUCGCUUCAUUAGCAAAAUGUUCUUAAGAGGAGACUCGGUCAUCUUGGUCCUUCUCAGCUAA